AUGGCGUCUGAAUCAUCCGCGGUCGCCAAUGGCGGGCCUUCCAAGUCGCUCGCGGCCAUGCUGGAGGAGCAGCACGCCCGCGACGACGACCAGCCUCUGCCACCCGUCCUGGUCCCCACCUCCGGAUCCAACACCCCCGCCGAGGCUGCCAUUCCUGCGGCUCCCAAGCCCGCUCCUAAGAAGGCGCCUGCGUUCGACGUGCAAUCGGAGGAGCUCUUCCCCGCUCUCGGAAGUGGCCCCAAGCCAGCUGCCCCCGCCGCUGCGACAUGGGGUGCGAAGAAGCCCUCCGCCGCUGCUGCGCUUGCCGAUGGUCGUUCGUCUCAGUCAAAGGAUGUUCCCCGCGUGAUGUCUCUUCCUGGAAAGCACAUGGAACAGCUACGACUCGCACCUUCUCAGAUGCAGCCUCGCGGUCAGCUGAAGAAGCCCAUCAGAGAUAUUCUGCGCGACAUUUCACGGCGGUCCAAGGCUACCGUUGAUAUGCGCGGUGGUCCAGGUGGGUCUAUCAUCUUCGAGGGUAAAGGCUCGGCGGAUGCGGUCCGUCAAGCACUCAAGGAAGUUGCGCAGCAGGUUGGAUCCAAGCAAUCCGUCCGGGUGCCCAUCCCAGCUUCUGCCCGUGCCCACAUCAUUGGCCGGCAGGGAUCCGUCGUUCAGGACAUUCAGACUCGCACUGGUGCGCGUGUGCAAAUUCCACGUACCGAUGACAGCGGAGGCUCCCACGAAGACGACGAUGACGACACUAUCGAUGUCCUUAUCGAGGGUGAUGCCGUGGCUGCGGAAAUGGCUCGACGUGAGAUUGAGGCCAUUGUGAAGGAGCGUGGCUCAAACAUGAACCUCCGUCUCAAGACCAUCCCCCCCGAGUUCUUCCCCUUCAUUGCGGGAGCGCAUGAUGCGCAAUUGCGGCAGAUUGAAGAGCGUACCAAGGCUCAAGUUCACGUGCCCCGCUACGACACAUGGUCAACUCGGCCGCCACCCCAGGAAGCCAGCCCAGGCCAGGUGCAGUUCGUUCCUUGUGCUGAUAAGCACAUCAUGGUCUCGGGCGAGCGAAGCGCCGCGCAAGAAGCUCGCGCUGAGAUUGAAAGACUGGCCGCGGAUUUGCAGCGCAAGUUGACCUUGCGCCAGCUUGCGAUCAACCGUGGCCAGCAUCAGUUCAUUCUCGGUAACGAAGCUGAUGCCCUGCACCAAUUCAUUGCGCAGACUGGCUGCGGUAUCGUUCUUCCCCCUGCAGAUGACGAGAGUGAGUUCCUUACCAUUGUGGGACCUUUGGACCAAAUUGAGAAUGGUAUCAACCACGCGAUGGAUCUCGCGACCAGCAUGCAGAUGGCUAGCAUUGAUCUCUCGCGCCAGCACCCUAACGCCCCUGCCGGUUCAAAUGCACACGCCCGCGCUUUGACGCAAUACCUCCGUCGCCGUGAGAUCAUCAAGCAGCUUGAGGCCGCUCACGAUGCCCACAUUGCUCUGCCCCCCAGUGUGGACGGCCCGGUCACCUGGGAAGUCUACUCUCGUGAUGGCAAGAACACAAUUCGUGCCCGGUCCGAUAUCAUGAACCUUGUCCAAGCGCACCCCCGUCGCGUCUUCGCCACGUCCAUUGCGUCCAAGCUCCAGGGUGACUACGGCGUCCACCUGCUGAUUCCCGAUGAUCAUGACAGCUCUGAUGUUGUUCUUGUCUACGAGGGUCCUUCUGCAUCGGAAGCACACUUCGAGGUGUCCAGACAACGUCCGUCCGCUGCUGAAGUUGCUGCCUUUGAGAAGUCACUUCAGGAAGCUUAUGAGUAUUUGAUGACCGCACUGGGAGACCAGCAGGAUAUUGUUGCGAAGACUGCCACGGUCCCCGCUAAAUACCAGGAGAAGACUCGCAAGUUCCUCCUGCGGGAACAGGAAUCCAAGGCCGAGGACAGCAUCCCUGUCCGUGCUCUUGUUGGAGCCCCGAAGGACGGCAAGUGCGAGAUCGCGCUGCGUGGACCCUCUAAGUUGGUCGAUGAGCUAUCUUUUAAGCUGGAUGCCUUCGUCGCCGAGCAGGAGAAUGAUGAUCUGGAGCGUGGAUACACUACGACUUUCGAUUUCCCUCAAAAGUUCGCCAACUUCCUCAUCGGAAAGCGUGGCGAGAACAUCAACAAGCUUCGCGAGGAAUUCGACGUUGAUAUCAAGGUAGAAAACGGUAAGGUCGAGGUCAAGGGACCCAAGGCCAAGGCCGAUGCCGCACGCAUGCGCAUUCUGAACAUGGGCAAGAAGUGGGAAGAUGAGACGACCCACAUCUUGAAGAUCCCCGCGAAGUAUCACCGUGAACUUAUCGGCCAGCGUGGCAACCAGGUCAACCGACUUCAGGAUCGUUACUCUGUUCGCGUCCAGUUCCCCCGGGCCGCCAACAUUGCCGAUGAUCAGUCCGUUGGUGAGACCGGCAGUGAUGCUGGUGCUGCUCGAUCGGGCCGUCCUCAACAAGCGGCCGAUGAGGUUUUGGUCAAGGGCCCCAGCAAGGGCGCCGACCAGGCUCGCGACGAGAUCCUGAGUCUGCUCCAGUGGGUUGUUGAUCACUCACACUCGGCCACGGUCUCUGUUGCGCAAAGUCAGAUUGCUUCACUGAUCGGCCAGCGUGGUCGGGAGAUGGACAAGCUUCGCGCAGAUACCGGUGCUCAAAUUGAUGUGCCCGGUGCCAAUGAUGCCCCCGAUGCCUCUGGUCGUGUGCAAAUUCGCAUCAAGGGUACCAAGCAGCAGGUUGCCGAAGCCAAGAAGGUCCUGGAGCAGCGCGCGUCUGAAUUUGAUGCCACCGUGACUAAGACUAUUGACGUUGACCGCAAGUAUCACAAGGCUUUGAUCGGCGGUGGUGGUGCCAACAUUCGCAAGAUUGUCGCUGAUGCAGGCGGUCCUAGCGAUGGUAGCGCUGCGCGUAUGGUUCGCUUCCCCCGGCCCGACAGUACCGAGUCUACUAUUCGCCUAGAGGGCAACGGUAAGAUCGUGGACAACAUUGUGGCUGCUAUUGAGAAGUUUGUCAAGGAGCGCGAGGACCAGGUGUCUGAGACUCUGACCGUCCCCACGGCCCAGCACCGCAUGCUGAUCGGACGUGGUGGCGAGACCCGCCGCAACAUCGAGUCCAAGUUCAAUGUGACCCUGGAUAUCCCCAAGCAGGGUUCCGGCAAGACUGAUGUGAAGCUCAAGGGCGCCAGCACUGCCGUUGCAGAGGCCAAGGCCCACAUUGAGGGUAUGCUCAAGGAUCAACACGCCGAGACUGUGGAGGUGCCACGCAACCUCCACCACGCGGUGGCCGACAACGGUGCUAUCUUCCGCCGUCUUCGCAAUGAUUACCGUGUCACCGUUGACCACGCUGGCCAGUCUGUGCCCGCUAACCCUGCCACCGAGGAAACUCGCGAGGGUGCCAACGGUAGCUCUCUUCCUUUGAUCACUGACGAUCCCACUGCCGCUGUGGACGCCCACUCCUGGAAGGUUGUCGACACCAGCGCUCCUACCGAUUCCGACAACACUCCUUUCCCCUGGGUGCUUUCCGGUUCUCCUGAGAAUGUCGCCAAGGCCCGUGCUGCGAUCGAGAAGGCCAUUGCUGCUGCCAGCCAGCAGUCAGCCACUGGCUACCUGAUCCUGCCCGAUCCCAAGACCUAUCGCUUCGUUGUUGGCCAAGGAGGCAGCCAGAUCAACGCCAUCCGCAAGAAGACUGGAUGCCGCAUCAAUGUGCCCAAGAACCAGGCGCAAGGUGAAGCUAUUGAGAUCCGUGGAAGUGCCGACAGCCUUGAGGAGGCCCGCGACAUGAUCUUGGAGGCAGUACAGAACGGUCUGAGCGGUGCCAGUCGCCAAUGA